CUCUGGGAGGCGCGCGCUCGCAUGGCUGUUGCAGACCACAAGAGGCAAGAGGAGGAGCUAAAAAAGGCGGAGACAAAGGAGCAAGCUGCUGCUAAUAAACUCUACAAUGAAAAGAUAGCAGAAGAGAAGCAUGAGCAGCGGGCAGAGAAGAAGUCAGCGAGAAACCAGGCUAAGGCAAAGGAGCGAGCAGCCAUCGAUGCUCCCAAAGAGCAAAGACGCAAGGAUAAGGAGGCCCGCAACACUAAAAAAGCUCUUAAAUUAUCCCAAAGAGGCAAUUGCACGUCCUCAAAAGCUUCUGCAGUUAAACAGAAGAAUGUGCGUCGUGCU